CAUCAUGGCCGCGUCUGCGCUGGAGUGGGUCCCUGAUUCUCUGUUUAAUACUGCGAUCUCGAUUGUUGUUAAGCAUUAUUCUAAGUUUAGAAGGGAAUUAAAAACCUUACCAGAAAAUGUACAGUUUGAUGUUUAUUAUAAGUUGUACAGCAAGGGUCGGUUAUGUCAACUUGGAUUGGAAUUCUCAGAACUGGACAUAUUUGCUGGUGUUUUGAAAGUAAAUGACAAAAGACACUUGCUUCAUCAUUGUUUCCAAGCCCUGAUGGAUCAUGGAGUAAGAACCUCAGAGACAUUGUGUGAUGCUUACAGACAGAUGUGCUGUGUUAGGAACCAUGCAGAGCCUUUUAUAAGAGAUAAAACACUCAAGCUGGGUCUCUUACUGGGUGGAUUUCUCAGUGAAGCGGGCUGGUUUGUGGACAGUGAGAACGUAAUACUAUCUUGCCUUCAGAUGUGUAAACAGCGUGAGGACACCAAGCACUGGUAUAAGGCUUUAGAAUGCUGUGUCAGGUUGAUGCACAUUCGCAAUGCUAACUGUAAAUAUGUUGAGGCAGAGCAGAUCUAUGUUGAAGCACGUACAUACCUGGACAAGUUGUCUGAGAAAGGAAUACAAGUUAACAAGUCUGCUCUUCACACUGAGAUAUGUGCACUCUUGUUUGCCAAAAGUCAGUAUGACGAGGCUUACCAUAAUGCCAUGCUUGCCUUGAAGGAACUUAACUCGUCUCUACCUGCAAAGACCAUUGUAGAUGUGUUGAGACAGUCUGCUAAGGCAUGUGUUGUAAAAAGAGAGUUUAAGAAGGCAGAGUUGCUUGUGAAACAUGCAGUUUACUUUGCCAAAGAGUUCUUUGGAACCAAACAUCCAAAAUAUUCUGAUGCUUUGUUAGAUUAUGGUUUCUACUUGCUUAAUGUGGAUUCUAUUUGUCAAGCUGUUCAGGUUUAUCAGGCUGCUUUGGACAUUCGUCAGUCGGUAUUUGGUGGAAACAACUUGCAUGUGGCAGUGGCACAUGAGGACUUGGCCUAUGCUACAUAUGUACACGAAUACAGCUCAGGAAAGUUCAGUGAUGCCAGGGAGCAUGCAGAAAAAGCCAUCAAGAUCAUCACCAGUAUAUUGCCUGAAGACCACUUGCUACUCGCAUCUUCAAAGAGGGUAAAAGCACUGAUAUUGGAAGAGAUAGCCAUAGACAGUCAUAACAAGGAGAUAGAAGAGAGACUGUUACAAGAAUCACAGGACUUACACCUGGCAUCUUUAGCACUGGCUAAGAAGGCAUUUGGAGAGAAUAAUGUACAGACAGCUAAACACUAUGGAAACCUCGGUAGAUUGUACCAGUCCAUGCAUAGAUAUCAGGAGGCAGAAGAAAUGCACCAGAAAGCCAUAGAGAUAAAGGAGCGUUUGCUGGGCAGUGAAGACUAUGAGGUGGCCCUGUCUGUGGGCCAUCUGGCCUCUCUCUACAACUAUGAUAUGAAGAAAUAUCCUGAGGCAGAACAGCUGUACCUGAGGUCUAUAGCUGUGGGUAAGAAGCUGUUUGGUUCAGGUUACAGUGGACUGGAAUAUGAUUACCGUGGACUGCUAAGGUUAUAUCAUUCCCUAGGGGAUACACUGAAAUCAGUGGAAUACAGUCUCAUUCUACAGGAGUGGAACCAGAUACGAGAUCGUACAAAUCAGGAGGAAAUCAAACCCUUGGACUUUGAGAGGCCUUUAGAAGACACCACACUUCUAGUGAAGAAAUUCUUUGAGCUGUGAAUGUGGUAUCUUAACUGUGUUUGAUGCUUCGUAUUGUGUUUGACAGCUUUCAUGUGCAAUAGGAAGAUCAUCUUUUGAAGUGCAUUGCAAUAUGAACUGCCCGUUUCAUAAAAGUUCUGUAUACCAGGUAAUAAUUCCCUAUGGUGGUUUCCUUUGUCCAUACUUUAUAGCUUGGAUUUAAGGGUUUGAUUAAAGGUUUUAUGAUCAGUGGAUACACAAGUUCAGCAAAAAAAAAAGUGUUUCUUCAUAGGACAUUCUUUUUGGAAUACUGGGGUUCUGGCUUACCUGACCUUGAACAUGUCAUUUCUUAUGAAAUAUUUACAGUCAUAAGAAAAUGAUAAUCAGACAUACUGAAGAUAAAACAUUGCAG